CUCUGUACUGGACUGGUGGGCUGAUAUUGGAAGGAAGUAACUGAUUUCUCCUCUUACUCAGAAGUUUGUCUCACAGACAGUGGACAUGAACGGUAGCCGUACUGGGCAAGACGAUGACUGGCUGGUUCGCUCUAUGAGCAGGUAUGAGAACCUCUACAUGUUUGAGCUUCCACAACCCACAAAAUGCAUCGAAUGGUCUCAGCUAGGAACAGCUAUAUGUGUUGCUGGGUGCGUGGCGACCACUGAGACAACCUCCACUGAGAUUACACAGUUAGCAUUACCAGAGAAACUGCUCCCCUCUAAAGAUGAGACACACUGGGCCAAACGUGACUUCAGGCUUAUCAAUGGCGCUCUGAGCAGGACCCCCAUCACUUCACUCAAGCAUUUACUCAGUACAGACACGUUAGCCUCUUCUGGUGGAGAGUCUGUCAUUACCCUGUGGAGAGCAGAUCAACUAGACACUGAUUGUUUGAAGGAGACUGGCAAACUGCAGCUCACUCUUCCACCCUCCCUCUCAAGCAAGGACACCUCUCACACAUUUAUUGAUAUCUCAAUACAGUGUCCCAAUAUCCUGCUAACUGCUCUCUCUUCCAGUCUCUGUACAGUACAGACACUGGACAUGGCCACUGCAAAACCUGUGUUCAUGUUAGAGGGGGCUGAUGAGGCACUCCAUGGACUAGCGUUUGUCCCUAACUCAGAUGAGGUGUUUAUGACAUGCAGUGGAGAGAAUGGAAGACUACAAAUGUGGGACUCUCGAAAUAAAGUGCUGGAACAAAGUACAGUCAAAUCGAGUGGCUCAAAUUCUACUGCUGUGAUGUCCUUUAGCUUUGCAGCUAGCAAUGAUGCUCAUCCCAAGCUGGCCCUGUUAUGUGGAGACUCAGGAGAGGUGACACUGUACGAUAUAAGAGAUUGCAAGGAACCAUUUGCCCGGUGUAUGGUGAAGAGCAGUGAGAGUGUGAGGGGGUGGUUCAGGAAGACACAACAGACGCCCUGUAUCAAGUUUUCAGAAGGUAACUCUAAUCUGGUGUCAGUGUCUGGAUGCACUACUGGUGUCAGUGUCUACGACAUCUCUAAGUGGACUACAAAUGGUCAAGUGGCUACACCAAUAUUCACCCAUACUGGCCACGAGGACGACUCUGCCGCUGCCCAGGUGUUCGUCCACAGUUGGCAGCCGGACAGAAUGUCAACUAUCCUCUCAGCUGAUUCAGACGGUAGUCUGCAUGCAUGGCAGUGGAAGGACCUUGAUAGCUGUUUGUGAUUUUUUGUGAAAAAUAUUAUUAUUGAUGAUGUCAAAUGCAAAAAUGACCCCA